GGCGGACACACUCGGUGUAUUAUUGGCGGCUCCACACACUGGCUAGUAUCUGUCGGUUUCUCUCGUCGUCGGUCCCGGUGGAUGCUGUUAAUAUUACACAGCGAACAGCAUUUUGACACAUGACAUUUUAACCCUGGUGCUAAAACCAUAACGGCUGGAUGAGUGGGCCAACUUUCACCUCCCCCUCUGCAGAGGUGGCUGAGAUGAACCGCAUCCAUUAUGACUUGGAGUACACAGAGGGCAUCAGCCAGCGCAUGCGGAUCCCAGAGACCCUUAAGGUGGCUUCAGGAAACCAAAUGGGAUCUCUGCCACUUCAGCAACCCCUGCCCAUUCACGCAACUCUGAUGCAUGUGCCGGAGAGGAUUAUUGUAGCAGGUGAUGAUGGAGACGCUCAAUUUGCUCGUCCCCGAGACUUGGACCUGAUUCAGUCUGUCCCUCCCGUGGACCUCCUGAACAUGAAGGCCCCACCGCGUGUCCUCACACUCUCAGAACAGCCACUGGAUUCCCUUGAAACUGAACAGACUACCACAUCACAGAGCAAUCCCAGCCAGGUGGGCCACUUUCACGGUCGGUCUCGAAGAGAACGCAGUGCGAGUGAGAACAUAUCUGGCCGCCACAGCAGUCAGAUUGUCAGAGGUGAUGUAAGUGUAACCCCUUCCCCUUCUGCCCCCCCAGUCCGGUUGUGCCCACCCCUCUGUUCCCCUGAGGAUGCGAACAUCAACCUGUUUACAGCUGCGGGGUUCCUCUCUUAUAUUCAGUCGACAACACGGCGGGCAUACCAGCAGGUCCUCGAUGUGCUGGACGAAAGCCACCGCAGGACACACCUGGACCUGGCCCUGGAAAUAAACCCUGAUGAGUCUGGCUUGGUGGACGCUUCAUCACUACGACGACAGAUUGUGAAGCUGAACCGGCGCCUGCAGCUGCUGGAGGAGGAAAACAAAGAACGUUCCAAGCGAGAGGUGAUCCUGUACUCUGCUACGGUGGCAUUCUGGCUUAUUAACACCUGGAUCUGGUUCCGUCGCUAAGAUUUGACAAGCGUCUCCCAAAACACUGGAAGCCAAAGCAAGUCCUUGUUAAAGGUGCAACCAUUAAAAUACAAUACAAGUCUUUGCAGCCACAGAAAACAACAACAGUACUGGCAAAUGCCCACCACAGUGUUCUGAGACUCUAUAGCAAAUCCUACAGUGGGAUUAGACAUACAAUUUCAAACUAAGCACUGUAGAGAUAAAACUUGAAGCAACCAAAUGUUGCUAAAUUUCACACUGGCUGGUAUUCACACCUUAAAAUCUGACCAUCAACUUGCUUUUGUGGGGUACAACACCACUAGAAAUUUAGAGUAUCUCACAUUCAAAGAUUCAUCUGUGUGUUCCAUUCAACAACUAGCAAGACAAAGCACAAUGACUCUACAGGUGGAUGUUUGCAAAAUGUUUGCAACUGCUUUGAUGUGGCGAGCCGAGGUCUGCCAUGUUGCAGCAACAGCAAACAGAGGUUACCUCAUUUAGGUAAAACUAGCUACAAUAUAGGCUACUGUCCAACAAAUAAAAUGUCAACUCUAAAUCAGCGUUUAAAGGUCCAGUGUGUAGGAUUUAGGGGGAUAUUUUGGCAGAAAUAUUACAUAAUAAGUAUGUUUUCUGAAGUGUAUAGUCAGUUUGGGUUUUCAUUGUCAUAGAAUGACCCUUUUGGAUAACAUGAAACUGCUUUAGGGCAUCUGUCCACGUAGUGUUUGUCUUCAGCAGAAUAGCAGUGGCAGGUCGCUGGGGAACGCUUUUUUAUGAAGCACUGGGAUAUGGGUAUGUUUUUAUGACAGCAAUAUCUUGACACUAACAUUAGCUAGGUAGCUAACAUAAUGCUACAUUAACAGGAUUGACUUCACAGUCAACAACGAGCUUACAAAGCAAAUGGUGAUGAAAGCAGAAUGCUCACCACCAGCAACAUCCAGAGUCCGCCAGCUGAUCUGCUCCCAAAAAACAAGCUUUUCUGUCUUUCUUGUGACAGUAGGCAACAGCAGCCUAGCUAAAGAAGCAGCAGUGAUGUCAUGUCACCCGCACCUUUUUGAAGAGGUCAGAGAUUUUCAACUAGAGGUGCUUGGAGUGGCUGCAAAAAAAAGGCAGAGCGCUCUGAAAAAAGACACUGGGUGUGGACACAGCCCUUAUUCAGUGUUUUUACCGGUUUAAAUCACGUGGGGUCUCAUUUAUAAACAUGCAUGCGCACAAAGAGGCCUGAAACAAGUGUAUGCCACUUCCCACGCAAAAGUGCUGAUCUAUAGAAACAGAUUGAUGAGAGAAACUUUGACCCAUGCUUACAAACAUUUUGGAGAUGGGAAAUUGGCGAUGCAGAUGAUGAGGUGGAAGCCUUACAGUCGGAACUGUUGAAUACUGUUUGGCUUUUGUUUGUGCAUACAUUUUUAGUGUGGAUCCUAUGCACCGUUUUAUAAAUGAGAUCCAUGGUCCGUGUAUUUUGGAGAAGAGCAGGCCUCUGCGGAUAAUUUGGCUCCUGAUAAAAAUCUCCUGAAUGUCUGGAUCAGAAAAAAACAGUGUUUUUACUGGUUUAAAUCACUGGGCCCAUUUGUUUUGGAGAGGAGGAGACCUCUCCAGAUAAUUUGGCUUGUAGUAAAAAGCCUUCUGAACAAUGAACACUGAAGGAAUUUUAGCUGGGAGAAGUUUAAGCUGGUUGCAAUCUGCAAUCCUCACUGUGAGACGCCACUAAAUCCCCUUAAAUAUUACACACUUAACCUUUUAAGUUUGAGUCUGAGGCUUUCUCCACGUCUCUAAUGCUGCACUGAUGUUCACCUGUGUUCAGGAGAAACCGAACGUGACACAGAUAAUGUGAAAUUGGCAAGAACUGCAAACCCUUUCUGAUAUACUCUGGUUAUAUUGGAAAAUAUUACUGAUUGCACCUUUAAAGCUUGAUAAAUCCAUUGCACAGCAACAGCAGAUGUUACACUGAUGCUUAUUCAUCUUUUUGAGAGUAAACAAGAUUUGUAAAUGUGACUUUUUAGCUUAAGGAGAGGACUGAUUUGAGGGGAGACGAGGAUUUACUUACGCAACAAAUGUUUUGGGAACCAAACCCCGAGCUGGGACUAUUGUUACAGGACCAAGCCUCAGAACUGACUUGUCUGUUUGACAUUGAGGUUCCUCAGUUUUGUCAAAAACCACCAUUCUUAAAGUGUCAAAGUAAGAUGAGUAAAUCUAGAGAUGCCAUAACAUUUACCCUGAAUGCCCUGUUUUCGCUUGAGCAUUACCCCAAAACAUUUGUAUACGGUACUUGAAUAGCCUAUUGUUGUAAAAGUUGUAGUUUGUCCUUCAUGUUUUUUUACCUCUUUGGCAGUCACAUGCCUAUUGAUUACGUUAAAAGCUGGAUGAAGUGUCAACAAAACUAAGGUUAGGCUACUAAGGGUAUAAUCUGUGCAGUGAUAAUGUUUCCCAUGCUGUUUCUACAGUUUGCUCAUUUUUCCAGAGAAUCUGACCACUCAUGUUUUUCCACUAAGCUACCUACAAGACUAAAAGCAUGGACUGUGUGCUUUUAUUCAUCAUGCAGUGUGGUAUACAUCCUAGAGCUACUAUCUGUAUGAUCAUUAUAGAUGGAUAUGUAUAUAAAAUAUUGAUGUCAUUAUUUUAAAUAAUGUAAUUAAUGGAGGUGUAUUCAUCACAUAUCACAGCGGCAUCAACAUGUUGCAGUUACCAUUUUUUUUCUGUUAAGCACUGAACUUAAUCCUUAAAGCUGGAGUUUAAGUUAAUAUAUCUUAAUUUCUUUGUAAUAUAUGAAUACAUUCAUUGUUUGUUAAUAUUUUUUGCUGUAAUAAAUGACGGAUGUGAAUU